AUUUUUCAAACAUAAGCAUGGGAGAGCAGCAAGAUAUGCAUGAACAAGUGAGCUUUUGGAAGAUGCCUGUUGAUGUUUUCUUCAGGGAUGCAAGGAAUGUUUUCAAAUGGGAUGUGCUUGGUAAGGAGAUACUGCAGAUUGCAGUCCCUGCUGCUCUGGCUGUAGCUGCUGAUCCUAUCGCUUCCUUAAUCGACACAGCUUUCAUUGGUCAUAUAGGUCCAGUGGAACUAGCGGCAGCAGGAGUAUCUAUUGCCUUGUUCAAUCAAGCUUCAAGGAUUACUAUAUUCCCACUUGUCAGUAUCACCACCUCCUUUGUUGCCGAGGAAGAUACUGUAGCAAAAAUGAAAAUAAAAGCAGGAAAAGGCCAGAAAUUGGAGAAGGGUUCAGACAUGCUUGAUGACCUGGAAAAAGGGGUUGCUAAACCAAAACCUGAGACGAAAGAGCCUGCACUAGAUGAUGAAAAUGGUGAAUCCUCAGAAAUGGGCAAGCAUCUGGGAAAUGAUGAAGACAAGGAAAAUGGUGAGAACUCAGACAAGAUACUAGAUGAAGGCAGUGAAGUAAAGAAUUCCAUAUCGGAAAAUGCUAAGCUGGAGAAUGGAGAGAAAGGUGUUCCUAAAAACAGUGAACCACAAGAAAAUGGUUCCAAGACAAAUAUUGAAACCGGUCCAUCUGUUGUUACGAGCAAAAAUAAGAAGCCAAAGAUGAAGAACAAAAAGCUUAAUAUUGCUUCCGCAUCAACAGCACUCAUCUUCGGUGCAAUACUUGGCCUCCUGCAAGCUAUAUUUCUCAUGUUAGGAUCCAAAGUUCUUCUUGGUGUGAUGGGUGUGAAACAUGACUCCCCUAUGCUAAAACCAGCAAUGAAGUACUUGAGAGUAAGGUCGAUCGGUGCACCUGCUGUUCUUCUUACAUUGGCCAUGCAAGGAAUCUUCCGAGGGUUUAGGGAUACUAAAACUCCUUUAUAUGUCAUCGUUGCGGGAUAUGCAAUUAACAUUGCCUUGGAUCCACUUCUCAUCUUUGUAUGCGGUUUUGGCAUCAGAGGUGCAGCUAUUGCACACGUUCUUUCUCAGUACUUGAUGGCACUGGUCCUCUUCUUAAUCUUAAUGAGAAAAGUUAAUCUCAUGCCACCAAGUGUUAAAGACUUGCAGUUUGGCAAGUUUCUUAAGAAUGGUUCUCUAUUGUUGGCUAGGGUUGUUGCUGUGACAUUCUGUGUCACCUUAGCUGCAUCUUUGGCAGCACGGCAGGGUCCAACUCCCAUGGCUGCAUUCCAGACAUGCUUACAAGUCUGGUUGACAUCAUCCCUUCUUGCUGAUGGGCUAGCUGUUGCAGGACAGGCUAUUCUAGCAUGUGCAUUUACUGAGAAAGACUACAAAAAGGCCACAGCUACCGCAACUCGGGUAUUACAGAUGGGAUUUAUCCUUGGUGUGGGACUCGCCCUUGUUGUUGGAGUUGGUUUGUACUUUGGAGCUGGAAUCUUCUCAAGAGAUGUCAAUGUUUUGCACCUUAUAAAAAUUGGCCUCCCUUUUGUUGCAGCAACACAACCAAUCAAUUCCCUCUCUUUUGUGUUUGAUGGUGUCAACUUUGGAGCAUCUGACUUUGCAUACUCUGCAUAUUCCUUGGUUCUGGUGGCUAUAGCAAGCAUUGUUUCAUUGUUCCUUCUCUCUAAAUCCGAUGGUUUUGUUGGCAUUUGGAUUGCUUUGACUAUCUAUAUGGGGUUGCGUGCAUUCGCUGGCGUAUGGAGGAUGGGGACUGGAACCGGACCCUGGCGCUUUCUCAAGGGUCGUUCAUCACCACAGCUUUCAUAAGUCUACUAAAAUAGGAAUACUUAAGAUAGUGUAUGGCCAUGAUUUUUUUU